AUGCCAUCUGCAAGCUUACUCGUCUCGGCAAAGAGACUCAAUGCUUCCAGAUUUCCAAAACUUGCCUCUUUAUUAAAUAGGUCUGCUACAGCAGGGUUUGCGUCUGUAACUUCGAGAGCCUCACCAUCUGUUACUUUUACAAGAAAGAAAGUAGGCUACUCAAAGAGAUGCAUUUCAUCUACUGACGACUCUUCGGCUACUAGGUCCACUGUUAUCCAACUACUGAACAAUAUCAGUACAAAGAGAGAAGUUGAGCAAUAUUUAAAAAACUUCACUUCUGUUUCGCAACAACAGUUUGCUGUCAUCAAAGUGGGUGGUGCUAUUAUUAGUGAUAACCUACACGAAUUGGCCUCCUGCUUGGCUUUCCUGUAUCAUGUUGGUCUAUAUCCAAUAGUAUUGCAUGGUACCGGUCCACAAGUCAAUGGUAGACUAGAAGCACACGGAAUUGAGCCGGACUACAUAGACGGUAUUAGGAUCACAGAUGAGCACACAAUGGCUGUUGUCAGACAAUGCUUUCUAGAACAAAACCUCAAAUUGGUAACCGCACUAGAGCAAUUAGGAGUUCGCGCAAGACCUAUCACAUCUGGCGUUUUCACUGCUGACUACUUGGACAAGGACAAAUAUAAACUGGUGGGGAAUAUAAAAAACGUCACGAAAGAACCAAUUGAAGCAUCUAUUAAAGCAGGUGCCUUACCUAUCUUAACUUCUUUAGCUGAAACUGCUUCAGGCCAAAUGUUGAACGUCAACGCUGAUGUAGCCGCAGGGGAAUUGGCCCGUGUUUUUGAACCAUUAAAAAUUGUCUACCUAAAUGAGAAAGGUGGUAUCAUCAAUGGCUCUACCGGCGAUAAAAUUUCUAUGAUCAACUUAGAUGAAGAAUACGACGAUCUAAUGAAGGAAAGCUGGGUCAAGUAUGGUACCAAAUUAAAGAUUAGAGAAAUCAAAGAAUUAUUGGACUACUUACCACGCUCUUCUUCAGUCGCGAUUAUCAACGUACAAGACUUACAAAAGGAACUGUUCACUGACUCCGGUGCGGGAACUAUGAUUAGAAGAGGUUACAAAUUGCUGAAGAGAUCAUCCAUUGGCGAAUUUCCAUCAUCUGAUGCACUAAGAAAGGCUCUUCAAAGAGAUACUGAUAUUGCUACUGGUAAAGAAUCUGUUGCAUCCUACUUGAGAGACUUGGAAAAUGCCGAUUUCGUUUCUUACGGUGAUGAACCCCUUGAAGCACUAGCUAUUGUGAAAAAAGGUACAAAGGUUCCAAAAUUAGACAAGCUUGUAUGUUCUGAUGCGGCUUGGUUAAAUAACGUCACCGAUAAUAUAUUCAAUGCCUUACGUCGUGAUUUCUCUGCAUUACAAUGGGUAGUCAAUGAAGAUGAUCCUAACAUUGCAUGGCAUUUUGAUAGAUCUCAAGGGUCGUAUUUGAAAAACGGUAAAGUUUUGUUCUGGUAUGGUAUUGAUGACGUAAAUAACAUCUCUGAAUUGGUAGAAACAUUCGUCAGGUCUUUUGAUACCACUUCCGGUCUCAAACCAUCGGCAAGUAACGGAGUAUUCGCUAGUGGAAAAUCAUCUAGAUCAUACUCUACCAAGUCUAUCCCUCGCCCAGAGGGAACUAACACCAAUUCCGGCCGUGUUGCAUUGAUUGGUGCUAGAGGUUACACAGGUAAGAAUUUGGUUUCGUUAAUCAAUGACCAUCCGUAUUUAGAAGUGACCCAUGUGUCUUCCCGUGAACUGAAUGGUCAAAAACUGCAAGAUUAUACAAAGUCUGAAGUUACAUACGAGAAUUUACAAGUACAGGACAUCAAGAAAUUGGAAGAACAAAACGCUGUGGACUUUUGGGUAAUGGCCUUACCCAAUAAAGUCUGUGAACCCUUUGUGGAAGUAAUCGAAAGCGUUCACGGCAAAUCAAAGAUUAUUGAUUUAUCCGCCGAUCAUAGGUUUGUCUCGGAAUCAGACUGGGCCUAUGGCUUACCAGAAUUGAACAAUAGGGAAAAGAUUGCUGCCGCUACGAAAAUUGCCAAUCCUGGUUGUUACGCAACAGGGUCACAAUUGACUAUCGCCCCCUUGGCUAAAUACAUCAACGGCCUUCCAACCGUUUUYGGUGUUUCAGGAUAUUCUGGUGCCGGUACGAAGCCUUCUCCAAAGAAUGAUCCUAAAUUUCUGAAUAACAACUUGAUUCCUUACGCGCUAACUAACCACAUCCACGAACGUGAGAUUUCUACCCGUAUUGGGCACGAUGUUGCAUUUAUACCUCAUGUCGGACAGUGGUUCCAAGGUAUUUCUCUGACGGUCUCCAUUCCUAUCAAAAAGGGUUCAUUGUCCACCGGUGAGGUCAAACAACUAUACAAAGAUUUUUACAAGGACGAAAGACUUGUCCAUGUCAUUGAUGACAUUCCACUGGUUAAAGAUAUAGGAGGCACUCACGGUGCUGUCAUUGGUGGCUUUAAAGUCAACGAUGCCCAAGAUCGUAUAGUAAUUUGUGCAACUAUCGACAAUUUGCUAAAGGGUGCAGCCACUCAAUGUUUGCAAAACAUGAAUCUUGCGUUAGGUUAUGGAGAAUACGCUGGUAUUCCCAACGACAAAAUUAUCGGUAACUGA